GUCAGUGCGCGGAGUCACACGGUUUUGUCCGCCUGGCAUUGUUGGGUACCGCCGCUCAUGAUUUGGAGCUUUUACACAAAUUGAUGAAUACCCCCUGCAUGUUUAUCGCAUGGAUUGAAUGCCACGAUCCUGAUGUGAAAGAGGGGAAGAUCCAGGACAGAGCCGCUUUCUUGCAUCCUGACACCCAUACAGUUCCUGACAAUACCCGUUUCAAGUGUCACCGAAAAACUGUCAGAAGACUUGAGCCAUGCCCUGCGUUCAGGCUCAGUAUGGAUCAUCACCUCAAGGAGCUAGUCCUGCUUCCCAGAGCUACAGCUACCACACCGCAGGAGAAUACAGCUGCGACUUCUUAACACCUGAGUUUGUUAAGUUUAGCAUGGACUUGACCAACACUGAGAUCACAGCUACUACUUCGCUCCCAAGUUUCAGUACAUUCAUGGACAACUAUAACACCAGUUACGACGUUAAACCGCCCUGUCUGUAUCAGAUGCCCCACUCUGGAGAGCAGUCCUCCAUCAAGGUGGAGGACGUCCAGAUGCAUAACUACCAUCAGCAGAGCCACCUGCCACCUCAGACGGAAGAAAUGAUGGCUCACUCUGGGCCUAUGUACUUCAAACCGUCCUCGCCUCACGCACCGAGUACCCCAAACUUCCAGGUCCAGCCUAAUCACAUGUGGGAGGACCCCGGCUCCCUGCACAGUUUCCACCAGAACUAUGUCGCGGCCACGUCUCAUAUGAUAGACCAGCGCAAGAAUCCGGUGUCGAGGCUUUCGCUCUUCUCCUUCAAGCAAUCCCCGCCCGGUACUCCAGUGUCCAGCUGUCAGAUGCGGUUCGACGGGCCGCUGCACGUCUCCAUGAACCACGAUAACCCGGGCGUGCACCGCGGCCUGGACGGCCAGAGCUUCGCGGUGCCCAGCGCCAUACGGAAACAGGCUGGUCUGGCCUUUCCUCACUCCCUGCAGCUCAGCCACGGGCAUCAGCUGGUGGACAGCCAAGUGCCAUCGCCCCCGUCCCGAGGAUCUCCGUCAAACGAGGGUCUGUGUGCUGUAUGUGGGGACAACGCAGCCUGCCAGCAUUAUGGAGUGAGAACCUGCGAGGGCUGCAAAGGAUUUUUCAAGCGCACUGUUCAGAAAAAUGCAAAAUACGUGUGUUUAGCAAAUAAAAACUGUCCUGUUGACAAACGCCGAAGAAACCGUUGCCAAUUCUGCCGUUUCCAGAAGUGCAUUGUCGUCGGAAUGGUGAGAGAAGUUGUCCGAACGGAUAAUCUGAAAGGUCGGAGAGGACGCCUACCAUCCAAACCCAAAAGUCCCCAGGAGCCCUCCCCACCCUCGCCGCCGGUGAGCCUCAUAAGCGCACUUGUUAGGGCCCAUGUGGACUCCAACCCCUCCAUGUCUGCUUUGGACUACUCCAGAUUCCAGGCUAACCCUGACUACCAAAUGACUGGAGACAACACUCAGCACAUCCAGCAGUUCUAUGAUCUCCUGACGGGCUCCAUGGAGAUCAUCCGGGGCUGGGCGGAGAAGAUCCCCGGCUUUUCUGAUCUACCGAAGCAAGAUCAAGAUCUCCUCUUUGAAUCCGCCUUCCUUGAACUUUUCGUCCUGCGGCUGGCGUACAGGUCCAACCCGGUGGAAGGCAAACUUAUUUUUUGUAAUGGAGUGGUGUUACACAGGCUACAGUGCGUCCGUGGAUUUGGAGAGUGGGUGGAUGCAAUCGUGGACUUUUCUUCCAACUUGCAGAGCAUGAACAUAGACAUCUCAGCUUUCUCCUGCAUCGCAGCGCUGGCCAUGGUAACAGAGCGACACGGGCUUAAGGAACCCAAGAGAGUCGAGGAUCUCCAAAAUAAGAUAGUCAACUGCCUCAAAGAUCAAGUGACAUUCAAUGGCGGUGGACUGAAUCGUCCCAACUACUUGUCAAAACUCUUGGGAAAGCUCCCCGAACUGCGCACGCUAUGUACCCAAGGUCUGCAGCGUAUCUUUUACCUAAAACUAGAAGAUCUAGUCCCUCCGCCAGCAAUAAUUGACAAACUUUUCCUCGAUACCCUACCUUUCUGAGUCUGACUCCAUGGCAAGACCUCAAAGAACUUCCAAAAGACUGUUUAUGAGUCAGACAGAUUUUUAUUAUUUCUGAAUAUUUGCAAGCUCCGUAGGCUAACAGAACAAUACCAUAUUAUGAGUAGAGACAGAGAAAAAAAGAAUAACAAGAGGAAGAGACAGAGUUUGAUUGCUGUGUAGGCCUUUUAAUUCUUUUUUUUUUUUUAAAUGCCAAUCAAGUGAAUCAUCACGGGGAAUUUCUCUCCCGAAAUUGUCAAGUUAAUCCGGUCUUGCAAUCACUUACUGUUUAUUUAACAUCGGCUCUACUGAUUCAGCAUACUCAGAUGUAAUAUAUUUCAUUUAUAUAUAUGAACACACACGCACACACACACUGUAUAUUAUGAUAGAUUAUGUGAUGCCUCCAGUGCAUCGGUUUAUAACAUGUGUACAAAGUUUGUUAUAAUGAAAAAAGAUUUAAUUUCCUUUUUUUUCUGACUCGUGCCUAUGUGUUUCUGACAGGAUCCCAAAAAGUAUCCAGAAAAGACAACGCAUGUUCUAGUUUUCUUUUUCUCCUUUUUUCUUUUCUUCUAUAGGCACUUGCUGAGGUGAUGUCUAUAUAUAAUAUAUACCGGACACUAUGUAGUCUGCUAGAUUUGAUACAGAUUCGUAGUUAUGGCACUCCUUUUAUGUAUGAC